GCACAUUGCGUUCCUAUCGGAUGCACGAGGCUGUUGUUCCCAAUUACCCGAGAUGGGGUUGUGUUUAGGUGAUGUACGAUCUCGAAUUCUGUAAUUCACUGGGAACAGUAAUUAGGCCACGAAGUGCAGCUUUGAUUGGUGAGGCUUUUCUCGUGGCAGCGAUGCAUCUGGUUCAUUGUUUGGUUCCGACGUUCUCGGAGAACGGCUGGUACUCGGACUUGUUGUCGGAUGAUGGGAUCUGGAUUGACUCCUUUCCCGCGCCUGCUCGACCGACACAAGCUCUCAUCUCCCUGGCAUCGUCCAGAAUCCUUGAAGGCGUUAGGAUCCAUUCUACAGAUGCCACGCCUCCUCUCAUUUCCAUCCUUUCCUUCGAUAAUUGGGCUGAUCUGUUAUGGACAGCUUCGCAUGACAAGCCUGCUUUUCGCAGACUUACCGAAGAUCGUGUGACUCAUGCUCCAGAACAGUUAAUGGAGGAUGAACUCGUUGACCUCUGCGUCAAUAACAAUCUUGCUAUCAAAGAGAAAAGGUUUAUAGAGUUAUGGGGAGCCGAAUCGGACUUCCAUGCUGGAUUGAUCCAGGCUGAUCCAGACAUCCCGACCGGUCUGUCCUCAUCCGAAUCGUCCGACGAAGAGGGUGAUGACUCCCUCCGGUUCACCGAGGAGGAAAAGCAGUUCCAUGCUAAGCUUUUGGCUAGUGAGAAGAGAGAGAAGGUGAAGGUAAUAGCGGCCAAUCAGAGGGUAGAAGUGAACAAGUUUGCUCGCAAUGCCUUCUUACCCACUGUUCCCCCCAGAUGGAUGGAGAGACAGUCCAGGGGAGUUGACGAUAAGCUUUGGGAUCUUCUUACGUUUAACUACUUUGCUCCUAUUCACGCUGACUCCUAUCGCUUUCUUGCCUCCCUCACUGAGCAGGAGUUGCCGAAAUGCAAUGAGAAGGCACUCACGGAGAACACUGACCUCUGUAGAGGGGACUUUCCUCUUACUGCCGAUAACAUGAGGCUUCCCGUUGUCGGGGAGUUUGACCGCACUAAAUGCACUACUUCUAGUACUGCAUUGUUGGUUAGGGGGUUCAUGGGUCCCCGAAUCCAGACUGCGAUAGCAGAGCUCAAGCAAAUUUGGAAUGUUGGUAGGCCUUACCUGAAGUGUCGUUGCGUUGAGCUGAACAAGGGCGAUUGCGGCAAGAACAUCACGUGGUUCGACUACGUCCUUUGGUAUCUGCUCUCGGAUCUGCAUUACUUGUUUCCAGAGGCUCCGUCCCUCAGAGCACGCACCCACGCCUUCAAGGUCUUGGCGAAGACCACAUGGCGUGCUCCCAUUCUUGCAUCGGUUGUCUUCUUUCGCAUGAGGGAGAUCAUGGUCAGGAUGGCCCACAGCGUCUGCAAUGACCCAUCCAGGACUCCGCAGAAUAUCCUGGAUGAGCCAGCCACCAUGCUGCACAAGUUCCCAAGAACGAUGGCCAAAUUGAUCCUCUCUUCUCGUUAUGUUCGCUCCGCAGAGAAAAGGAAGAGGGAAGAGUCUUCCUCGAAAACGGCGGUGAAGUCACUGAAGUGCGCAAAGAAAGGCAAGCAGGCCACAUUGGAAUUCUACGUGGUGCCACCCAAGGACCAGACAACAUCGGUGGUGACUUGCACUCCCCCCUCCUCCACGAUUACUGAGUAGGGUGAUGGCCAAGCCUCCGCAUCCAGCAAGGCUCCGAGGAAGAGUCCGAGGGACAGGACCCCAGCCAAGAUGAUC